AUGGAUCCUCUCGUCGAAGCCGAGGUGGCCAAGCUCGAGGGCGACGCCAUUCCUUUCCGUGCCGUGCCCAAUCACGUCCAUAGCACCUGGGCAAAGACCUUCCUGUCUCGGCCCGAGCUCUAUAUCCGGCCCCAGACCAGCGAUGAGAUCGAGAAGAUCAUCAAGCUCGCCCGCGCAUGUCGGCGUCGCAUCACCAUCACGGGGUGCGGCCAUUCGCCUAGCUCCAUGACCUGCACCUCGUCAUGGCUCGUGAACCUCGAUGACUUCAAUGCCAUCCUCUCUGUCGACAGACCGACCGGCGUUGUGGUCAUGCAGUCGGGCAUACGUUUGUUCCAACUCUGCCAGAGCCUCGAGAAGUACGGUCUUGCUAUGCCCAACCUUGGAAGCAUCAACCAGCAAUCCAUUGCUGGAGCCAUCUCUACCGGCACCCACGGAUCCAGUCUCCGCCACGGUCUCAUGUCUGAGAACAUUCUGUCCCUUCGUAUUAUUAUUGCCGACGGUAGAACGCAUGUGUGUUCCCCUAGCCAGAACCAAGAGCUGUUUCGCGCCGCUCUCCUGUCCCUGGGCGCACUUGGCAUCAUCUCCGAGAUCACCUUCCGGACCGUGCCGGAGUUCACGCUGCGAUGGAAGCAAGUCAUCGAUGCUGAUGUCAAGAUGCUUAAAGCUUGGAACAAGGACCUAUGGACCCACGCCGAGUUCGUCAGAGUGUGGUGGUACCCCUAUACCCGUAGGGCUGUGGUAUGGUCGGCGCAGCAGACCUCCGAACCGCUAGCUGACCCCCCUACAUCCUACUACGACGGCGCACUGGGAUACUACAUCUACCACAACCUGCUAUAUCUGGCACAGAAAGUCCCGCGCAUACUCCCGUGGGUCGAGUGGUUCGUCUUUGGCAUGCAAUACGGCUUCAGGAACGGCACCACCACUGAAGCCGUCCAGCCUAGCCGCAAGGCCCUGCUGAUGAACUGCCUGUAUUCGCAGUACGUCAACGAGUGGGCCAUCCCACUGCACAAGGGCCCCGAGGCCCUGCGACGCCUCAGCAGCUGGCUCAACCAGCUCUCACCCGACGAUCCGGACUAUGUGCCGCACAACAUCCCCUUCUCGGCCAAGGCACUGUGGGUGCACGCUCCUGUCGAGGUGCGCGUCUCUGACACAUCGGCGCCGCACCUCGAGUCCCAGCGGACGGGCAGCAGGCCGUAUCUCGAUCCCACGAUGGACGACGGCCCGACUCUGUACCUCAACGCCACGCUCUACAGGCCCUAUUACAACGACCCGCCGUGUCGGGCUCGCUACUACGAGGGCUUCGAGUGGCUGAUGCGCGACCUAGGCGGACGGCCGCACUGGGCGAAGAACUUCGAGACCGACGGGGCGGAGCUCGAGCGCAUGUACGGUGCCAACAUGCAGAAGUGGCGCAAGGUCCGCGAGAGUGUCGAUCCCGCCGGCAUGUUCGUUGGGCCCUGGCAUCGCCGCCAUGUCAUGGGCAGUGGACAGACCCUCACGCACGAGGAGGUCGCAAUCGGAUUCAACCAAGUGUACGAUAAGGGCGUACACUUCGAGGGUGUGGUUGGGGUUGCUCGGUAG